CAAUUUACGGGAAACGUACACCGUGGGCCUUAAUGCGAAUCCACUGGAGUUUCCCAUCUCCUCAAAAGUAUCUCUGAACACGGUCAUUGAGCGGAUGUUCCUUUUUUUCUUUUUCCAAACAAUGAACUUCCGGUAUCGGAAGUAGCAUUUGGAAAUCAAAGCGAAUGGCGUAGCUAACUGAAAUUGAAAUUCAGUCUAAUCUACAAUGCAUUUUUAGACAUUUUAACCUUUGCGCUCUAUAAGUCUUGCGAAUAAAGUCGCGGUCAAGGAAUCAUUUUGAUCAAGCUGUCCAGUGUUGACAUUAUUCAUCAACAACUUGCGAUAAUGACACAAGUGGUGGAGUAAGCUAUUUUAACCUCACGAUGAAGUAUUUGGUCCUUGUUGCCUUUUGGGCUCCUUGUUGGGUCAAUUGUGCGAUUAAACCAAGGGCCAUUGAGGAAGAAACACGGGAAAAUGACCCGGAGUUAGAGGCUCUGAGUUCAUUGCUGUCUGACUUUGAGGUGCUACCCGUGUCUGGCCUCCAGCAUCACUCGGUCAGGAAGAGGGACGCCCACACCCAGUCCCACCUGGAGCGCCUGAUCAGCUUCAGCGCCCUCAAGAGACAUUUCAAGCUUUACUUGACAACUAACACAGACUUGUUCACUGAGGACUUCAAAGCUGUGUUUGUAGAUCAGCAAGGGAAGGAGCACAGCUAUGAUGUUCAGCUGCAGAACUACUUUACCGGACAUCUUGUAGGAGAGGAGCACUCCCGUGUGCAGGCACACAUAGACGGGGACGAGUUCUCGGCCCACAUCCUGACAGAUGAGACGGAGUACAAUGUAGAGCCCCUAUGGAGGUUCACCGAGACGUCCCCCGAUGGUCGUCUAUUGGUGUACCGGUCAGAGGACAUCAGGAACCUUAGCCGCAUGGCCUCACCCAAGGUGUGUGGAUACAUCCACGCUGGGGCCCAGGACUUACUGCCAGAGGCCGCUAGAGGUGGAGAGGCACAGGAGGAUUCCCUCCACAGAGCGAAGAGAGCAGCCCACAACCACAAGAAGAACACCUGUCCUCUAGCCCUGGUGGCAGACUACCGCUUCUUCAAACACAUGGGCCGUGGAGAGGAGAGCAUCACACUCAACUACCUGAUUGAGUUGAUUGACAGAGUGGACGACAUGUACAGGAACACAACCUGGGAUGACGAGUUCACAGGAUACGGUGUUCAGAUCCAACAGAUCAUCAUCAACAAGGAGCCGACCAAUGCUCCUCUUGGCCAGGCUGGGCCGGGCUGGACCCACUACAACAUGAAGGGAAGCCCCAUCCAAGGCAAGGAGGUGUGGGAUGUCAAGAAACUGCUGGAGCAAUUCAGCUCGGAUAUAGCGGACAAUGCUAGCACUGUGUGCCUGGCCCACCUGUUCACCUACCAGGACUUUGAUGAGGGGACAUUGGGCCUGGCCUAUGUGGCCCCCUCUAAAGCCCAAGCUCUGGGGGGCCUCUGCCCCAAACCUUACUAUCCAUCUCACUCCGUCAAGAAACCCAGCUACCUCAACACUGGUUUAACCAGCACCAAGAAUUAUGGCAAAACCAUUUUAACCAAGGAAGCAGAUUUGGUGACAACCCAUGAAUUGGGCCAUAACUUUGGAGCGGAGCACGACCCUGACAACAUCCCCUACUGUGCCCCAAACGAUGACCAUGGGGGCAAGUUUGUCAUGUACCCUAUCGCUGUGAGCGGGGAUCACUACAACAACAAGCGUUUCUCCGACUGCAGUAAGAUCUCCAUAGGGAAGACGCUGCGCUUCAAGGCCCCCAUCUGCUUCAAGGAGAGGAACAGCAAGGUGUGUGGGAAUUCCCGCGUGGAGGAGGGGGAGGAGUGCGACCCGGGCAUGCUGCACCGCAACAACGACCCGUGCUGCUCUGCCGACUGCAAGUUCAGGCCCGAGUCCCAGUGCAGUGACAGGAAUAGUCCGUGCUGUAAGAAAUGCAAGUUUGAGCAGGCAGGGAAGACGUGCCAGGAGCCCAUCAACGCCACCUGUAAGGGCAUGUCCCUCUGCACAGGUGACAGCAGUGAGUGCCCAGCCCCAGACAACGCUCCGGACAAUACCAUCUGUGUGGACAGUGGGAGGUGCAGAAACGGGGAGUGCAUAACCUUCUGUGAGGCCGUGCAGAAGCUGCAGCCCUGUGCUUGUAAUGAGACAUACGACUCGUGUAAGGUGUGCUGUCGGGACAAAAAUGGUGCCUGCACUCCUUUUGUCAAAAGUGACCGGAGCGUCCUGUACCUGCGCAAGGGGAAACCCUGCACCGUGGGCUUCUGUGAUGAGGCCGGUAGAUGCAUGAAGCAAGUCCAGGAUGUGAUCGAGAGGUUGUGGGAUUUCAUCGACAAGCUGGACAUCAACACAUUCGGGAAGUUCCUAGCAGACAAUAUAGUGGGCUCAGUGGUGGUGUUCUCUCUAGUCUUCUGGAUCCCUCUCAGCAUCCUGGUGCACUGUGUGGAUAAAAAUCUGGACAAGGAGUAUGAGGAGAACACCAAGACAAUGUACUUCCCCAGCAACGCAGAGAUGCUGAGCAGCCUCGAGUCGGCCUCCGUCCGCAUCGUCAAGCCACCUCCGCCUCCCACCUUCUUCUCCGCCGCUCGGAUCCCACCCCACUCCCUUCCUUCUCUACCCCCAACGGGCCCGUCUGCCUCAGGCAGCAGCAGUACCCCAGCCCCAGGCUCGGCUUCGGGCCCUGGCCCGUCCUCGGGGAGCGUAGUGGUGGUGGGGGAGGGCCCACGGAUGGCCACCAUCCAGGAGGAUCCCAGCUGCGACUCUCACCUCGACCUGGACAAGGACGACUUCCCUCCUCGCGGAGGCUCCAACGCCACCAAGUCUUCAUACGAGGACCUGACGGCGGAGCAGAGCACGCCACGCUCGGGCCGCCACGACAAGCGCCGCCUCAAGAGGCAGGCCUGCGUGGUGGACAGUAAAGAGACCCAGUGCUGAGGGAACAUGUGUUUGUAGACGUACGUAUGUACAGGCAGACCUACGCACGUACACACUCACAAUUGUACAUGAGGGAACAUGCGAGCACACAGUCCAGAAUAGAUACAGUAUGUAGGUACACGCAUACAGACACUCAUGUAUAUCCAUGCACAUAAUAGAUUACACUAUAAUAGAUGCUGGAAACUGCCAAAAUAAAGGAAACACUUGAGUAAAUGAUACAAUGUCUAUUGAGAGCAGGUGCUUCCACACAGGUCUGGUCCUGUGUUAAUUAAGCAAUUAAAUGUAUAAAAACGCCCAGUUUCCAAUUAUUUUGGCUACCAUGGCUAGAAGAAAUCUCAGUGACUUUGAAAGAGGGGUCUCAAAAGAGCAAAAGCGGUUUAAAGGGUGUGUGUGUCACCAGAUCUCAACCCAAUUGAAAACUUAAAGGGAAAUUCUGGAGUGGCGCCUGAGACGGCGGUUUUUCCACCACCAUCAACAAAACACCAAAUUAUGUAAUUUCUUGUGGAAGAAUUGUUGUAUCCAUACAAUAAAAUCCCCAACACUUAUAUACUAAGGCGCAUUGAAGCUGACCUAGUGGCUCGUGGGUUGGCCCAACAUCCUAUCAAGACCUUGUCGGUGUUUCUUUUAGUUUGGCAGAUACCUGUACAUGACUAAACAUUGCACACAAACACCCACUCAUAGACUAAAACUUGCUACACAGCACUGGCAGCAACACAGUAUCGAGCAGGACUCUUAAGGCGCUGCUACAUCUAGAUUCUAUAAGGUCAAUUUGGAAGACUUGCGUACAACCAAAAUAGGUGCCUAUCAUGAGUAUAGUAGUGUUCUGACGCCAGUGACUGCUGUUUUAGAAUAGCCUAGAGACCGAAUUAUUUGUGCCUUUGUUCGUUUCAAGAGUCAAAGACAAGUGCUUUCUUUGGCACCACUCAGUCCAGACAGUCUAGUUUUUGAACAUGUUCUCUCGAAUGACUUGACUGGCAGAAUGGGCUGAUGGAUUAACAGCUGGGCCAGUUGAUAUACCACUGCCAUGACUGUGAACUAUUGGUUAGGCUUAGUGUGUCGUCUUAGAAUCAUUGCUAAGGUUAAAAGUCAAAUGUGCCGUUGUAAAUGUCUGUUUAGUCACCUCACUUUCAUGUCAGUAAGAAAAUGAUUUGCUUUUUAUUUCUGAUAUUGCCUGGUUUUUCCACAGUCCUCCCCCCAAAAAUACACCUCGUUAACCAUGCAUGUUAUAUUGCCGUAGGUAAUUCAGCUGUUAAAUGGAUGUCUAAGGGUAGUGUUAAAACGUAGAGGGCUGGUUGAACGGAUGCCCAGGAAGAUAUUGUUCUCUGGUCAUUUAAACCCAAAAGGAACAGAAUAUUUGUGAAAUGGGCACCGACUGACAAGAGGUCCAGACUAGUAGUUAUUCUGGGCAGAAUACCAGGUGAAAUCAGUGCGCUGCAUCAAACCUACCUAACUGUUGUCUCCACUCUAUUCAAGUGUUGGUUCUGUUUCAUUUGUCGUGAAAUAAUUCUGAAACUUUUUUUAUUGUUGUGUAUGGCCUUGUUAAUUACACUGUUGUGACCUAUGAACUUUGUUCUUCAUCCCAAAUAAUGCAAAAGUCAAGUUAUUUCACCCUUCAUACAACACAUUGGAAGAUGAGGGACUGUUCAUUCAUUGCAUUCAGACAUUAUUUGUUGACCAACUUCUGAUUUAAUUAAUUUUUUUAAAUCCACAACACUAGUGCCUUAUUUCUGAAGUUGAGCCUAAAUGUUUUCAUUUUGACCACUGCUCCUUAUUUCUGUAUGUACUGUAGGCAAGGGGAAUGUCACUAUCACCCCAGAUGAAAAUUGUGCUUACUAAUGGGAACUGCUAUUUCUAAGCUCUGUAAGCCCUUCUUUGCAAUAUUCUUGUGCCAAUGAUGAAUGAAUACCUAUCAGCUUGUAGAAUCUUUUCACCAUUUCCUGUAUAUUAGGUGAUGAGUACUUGUGUAUAUGUUGAAAUGUUUGCUUGUGGGCCAAGGGCAUUCUGCAGCUUUGUUAUAAUAGCCUAUUGUCCACAGAUAUCGUGAGUAUAAGCCUACAUCAUAGUAUUAGCUCUGAGAUGCGAGGGGAAACUCGACUCCAUAUGUCUUCUGACUGUCCUGUUUCAUGUGCAGGGUGUACUCAAUGACCUGGAUGAAUAAAAUGUGUAUGCCCACUUGAAA